UCAAUUCUUUGUAAGUUCCAGACUGUCCCGAUCGGAGAGAGCAACCAGACCAUAUUUGAUUAAAUCAGCAGCUCUUGGAGGAAAAUUGUCACCUUAAAGCCACGGAGAGACAAUUUCCUGGGCUCUGAAUGAAAAUUAUUCUUCUGACAAUGGAGAAGAGAGUGAUGAUGACAUUGGUUAUAUUUGCCCUUGGAAUGAACUACUGCUCAGGCUUCCCCGUGUUUGACUACGACCCUUCUUCCCUACGUGAAGCCCUCAGUGCCUCCGUGGCAAAAGUGAACUCUCAGUCGCUGAGCCCCUAUCUGUUCCGGGCAUUCAGGAACUCAUUAAAAAGAGUGAAUGUUCUGGAUGAGGACAGCGUGAUCAUGAGCUUAGAGUUCAGUGUUGGGGAAACUACAUGCUUGAAAGACUCCGGAGAAGACCCAUCUACGUGUGCCUUCCAGAGGGGCUACUACGUGCAAACCGCUGCCUGUAGAAGCACCGUGAGGAUGCUGGGCGAGCAGGCGCAGCAGGUGUGGGCUCACUGCCGCUGGUCCCACACUUCCGAGUCCAGCAGCAGCGAGGAGAUGAUUUUUGGGGACAUGGAAAGACCCUAUAAAUUCAGAAACAGUUAUCUACUUGGUCUCACUUCUGAGGAAUCCAGGAGUGAGCAGUUUUAUGAUCCGUCACUAGAGCUCCAGAGAAGGGGUUUCCCACCUGCAAACAGAAGGCUCCCCAACUACAGGCACAGAGUGAGGAUGCGUGGUGGCUUUGAGUGACAGUGGAGCAUUCGGGCUGGAAGAUUGGACUUCUCAGUGGGUUGACUGUGUUUUGUGUACUAAUCAGAUGAUCUCAUUAGAUGCAUAUAUGCACUCGUAUCACAGUAUAAACGCAUUAUCGGAUGUCUCCAAAGAUCGAUCACCUACAACAUGUCUUGAAAGACAGCACAGAGAGACGAUGAACUGUAGCAGCACUGGCCUGGGCACUGCCUGUCCUACACCAGUCAACCCAGUCUUCCUCUCACAGGGCUCAGUGCCUCCGAAGGCUCCUUACUGUGUUUUGUGUAUUGAGGAUGCAUUUCCUUGUUAUCUCAAUGAGUUUAGUUUAAGAAUAAGUAAAAGUAUUAAUGACAUGUGUGCAUGCAGCAGCAAUGUCUUUGUCAGCUGUAUAAUCUAAGAGCAGUGAAUUAGAAUUGAUUAGGAUGGGAGGGAGGAGGGAAGGAAUGUCCAACCCAAAACAAGAUUAUCAUUU